AAAUAGGUAAAUCUAUUCAAACGCCAACAGUGCACAUACAUGGGCGCAAGAAUCGUUUUGUUGCUGAAACUGCAAUUAAUAAACGAAACCAGUCCACUACAAAAGAAGAAUUCUGUUCUUUUUUGUCAACCGUAUCAGUUUGCAGACUAAGGAAUAAAAGUAACGAAUUUGGAGGAGAAAAAAAAAGUGCAACGUGCAAGUUUGGAUGCAAAAUCCUAGAUCCUGCAAUUAUUGAUUUCGGUGGUGAAUUUGGCAGCCCUGCGUGAGGAAAAAUUGAAAACAGAAAGAAAGUGUUGGUGUUCGCUGCUGAUCAUGUGUGUGGUGGUGUAGUAAAAACGACAUCAGUUUAGUGACGAGUUGCAGUAAAAGUGCAGUAAAAGUUCUUAUUUUACCAACGGUGGUAAACCAUAAUUGCCUUAAAAUUUCUACGAUACUUAUUGGAAGUGAAAUCGACUACAUGUUGGCGACAACCGCCAACAGUGACAUGGCGCCGCCAGACGGGCCCAUGCAAUACGACACGAAAUGGUCUCCGAUGAACAUCAUCAGCAUGCCGACCAAGAUCAAGCAGGAGGGUUUCAACGUAUUAAGUCACCUAGACGUUUACCAUCCCCUUGCAGUAUCGUUACCGGCGUACGAUCAGGUAAAAUCUUCAUCGCCCUCCUCCCUGCAGCAACUGCCGACCGUGAUUGAGCGGCUGCACGAGGAACCAGGAGGCUCUCCUGACCAUCAGCACCAACAUCAUGCGCAACAGCAACAUCAGCAACAACAGCAUCAGCAACAACUUCAUCAUAAUAUAGGUUCUCUGGCACUAUCCUCCAAGACGCCCACUCAAGGCCCUGACGAUCUUCCGACCAAUAGCUUAGUAUCAGAUGAUCUACAUGGUGCGCAGAUACCGGCGACGCUACCACAACCCAACUCCACCAACAACAACAACAACAACAGCCACACGCCCAAUCAGAAUCAAUCCACCAGCAAUCAGAGCUCCACGAAUGCGACCACCACCAAUGGAACAGGAUCAGCGGUCAGCAACAGUAGUACCAAUAAUAGUAGCAGCCUUUCCACAUAUGAUUGCAGCUCCACCACAAGUCCUACAGGCAGUCGGAACUCCAACGUCAAACCACCGUAUAGCUAUGUGGCGUUGAUAGCGAUGGCGAUACAGAGCUCUCAAAUGAAACGUGCGACGUUGAGUGAAAUCUACGGUUACAUCACCUCGCGGUUUCCUUACUACGAGAAGAACAAGAAAGGGUGGCAGAACUCGAUCCGUCACAAUCUCAGCCUGAACGAGUGCUUCGUCAAGAUCCCGCGGGAGGGUGGCGGCGAGCGUAAGGGCAACUACUGGACGCUGGACCCGCAGUACGAGGACAUGUUCGAGAACGGAAAUUACAAGCGUCGCCGGCGGAUGAAGCGUCCAUACCGGACCGGUCACUACUCGAAAAUGUUCGGUGACUCGUACGUGACCAAUCCGGGCAACUUUGGUCAUCGACCGGUCUUUGCACAGAACCCAUAUCAGACUUACCCUCGAUACGAUGCCGGUGCACCCUGGAUGCCAACGACGCAGCUGAGCAGCUACACGUCCUGUUCCAGCCGGUCUAACUACUCUUACUCAACACCGCUUCAACAGACGGUACAGCCUGUUACGAUCAACACGUACGGAUCGCUGUCAAAUAAUUUGGAUACCUUCGCCGUUUCGGGCAGCACAACACCUCCCUGCGCACGUCGGUUUGAGCCACACUACCCCUAUUGGGACACGACCUUGCCACUUCCGGUUGUUAAAGACGAGCCCACGAAUCAGAUGAGCGUUACCUCGUCACAACAGAACUCCUACCAGAAGACUUAUCUAUCUCAACCCUAACGGCUAAUGGUGAACGUCGGUGACGUGUUCAGCGUUCCGGAUACUGCUGAUGGUGCAUCGGGUGAUUCAGCAUCGUGUAGUGACAGCAUCAUGCGAAAUCUAUGGCAACUCUCAACGUAUCACCGUCGGCAUUCGCUUCUGGACGAUUCUUUGGAGAGCUUUUAAAGCGAACUUCAGAGAAAGAAUAAACCCUGAAGGGUUGACAAAUCUUUGGAACGUUUAUCCACUCAAGCUAAAGCAACAGAGUUAAAUAUUUGAUGUCACCUAUGUAAAUUUGAUUGUUUUCUUUUCGCUCCUAAAGUUAGUUGAUUUGUUUAGUGCAACUCGUAAGGAUUAACUCAUCUCAUUUCCGAAACGGGAAUGAAACCGCAAAACCUUACGACUACGUUUUGACGGUUGGAAUAGAAAUGAUGGUUUUAACGUCGAAAAAUA